AUGCCUGAGCACUGUGUGGCGUAUUCCUGUUCAAAUUGGCAGACUAUUGAAAACAGGGCUCAGGGGAUUACUUUUCACAAGUUUCCCAAAGACAAAGAUGUGAGGAAGAAGUGGGAAGUGGCUUUGAGGAGGGAAGGAUUCACUGCAAGUGAUUCAUCCGUGCUUUGCAGUGAGCAUUUUAAGCAGGACGAUUUUGAUAGGACAGGUCAGAUUGUCCGACUCAGAGAUGAUGUUAUUCCAUCCAUCUUCAGCUUCCCGGUUCACCUCCAAAGACCGGAAAAGGGCAGGACUACGUCUACCUCCAGAAGAGCUGAAGAGAGCCUCUCCAUGGCCUCUCAGGAUGCCCCAGAAACUGCAACCUCACACCCACAAUCUCAGCCUAAUGAUGAUCAUGGCUAUGCCUUGCCUACUUCUCCCACCUCCCUUAAGACCAGACUCAAUGAAGCCCUAGCAAGAGUGGAAAGUCUGGAGCGAGAGAAGAAGAAUGCCAUGGCCAGAGAAAAGAGGGCAAAGACCACAGUGAAGAGUCUUUUGGGGGAUUUGAGGGAAAAGAACCUCAUUAAUGAAAAGCUCUCUCUCUCUAUCUAUAUGAAUUAUAUUGAUACUCUCUCAGAGGGAUCUUUGGAAGCAGCAGUGGGAGUCCAUCAGCCCAAGCUUGUGUGUUUAGGAGACCCCAGUACAACAGCUCAGUACAUUGUCAUGGCAAAGAAUGACAAAGGCGCCAUUCCACUUCAAGAUGAGGGUGGGAAGAGAUCAAAUGUUGUGAUGCUUAUUACCAAGCUUCAGGCAGUGGCGUAA